AUGACAUAUGUAGUAUUGAGUGGUUAUGGAAUGAUUUUAGCUGAUUAUGCCCGAUCAGUUUACCUAUGUUCUUUCAUAGUUUAUUUGUUUAUUGUUAUUCUGGUUUUAUUCAUGUUAGUUGUUGUUCCUUGUUUUAAAAAUAGAGUAAGCAUUGCCACUAUUGUCAUUCUUGACACAUUGUCCCUUAUUGGAAAUAUCAUCAUUGCGAUAUAUGCGUCUUAUCAUUGGGAUUCACAACAGAACAUUGCUGCUGUUGUUCCAGGUGCUAUUUACCAUGUUCUAUAUUUGAUAAUUUUAUUUAUCUGGUCUGCAAUUCCUGUUAUUAGACAAAGUGGUAUAUCAGGGUUAUUUAAAACACGAAAAUUCUUAUAUGGUUGUUUAUUUAUUGCCGAGCCAGAAAAAGAUGAUUCACUAAAUCCCGAUCAAGUAAGUCAAACAACAGAGGAUGGAGAUUUUGAAAUGAAUGAUAUGUAUCCAAAAAGGGAUUUUCUUUAA